AUGGUUCGAUGUCAAUUUUUCCUCUUUUGUCUGAUCCUUAUCCAUUAUGUGUUAGCAAUUCGAAAUAAAAGUAGGCCGAAAACGGAUUUUUACUUGAAGACGAAUUGUGAAUUGGUGAAGAGGGGAAAGAAUGACUCCAAAGUAUAUUUCAAAAGGAAGGCGCGGGGUGAGGAUUUGUGUUCGCGGGCAUUCUAUGACCCGCUAAGAGGGGGGAGAAACAACCGAGACAGCGGCGCGCUGCGCGCCACGAGCACGUUCGUGUCCAAGUACUACAAAAUAAACAUAAACGAUGUGUACAGCUACCUGAAUAGGAAGAAGUAUGAGUACAUAGAGACAGACGUGAAGAUAACUCUCAAGUACUGCCCCUUUUGCCCGCCACACAAGUAUAAAUAUGACAAUAUGUACAAACAUGAAAUUUUUAAAAACACCGGAAAUAGUUACUGCCACAGGUGCGGGUAUAAAGGAAGCUUCUACGAUUUCAAACUAAAAAUGGGAGACUUGGUAACAAGCAAUUUCGAAAACACUGUUGUAAGCAAUACCUAUGAGGAGGAAAAAAUAACCUUCAACGAUGUUAAGGUGUAUAGCAUGAAUCUGUUGUACUCGAAGGAGGCAGAAACGGCAAGGAAAUAUUUAAUCGAAGAAAGGAAGAUAAAAUUAGAAACGCUAAAAAAGUAUUAUGUAGGAUUUUCUAUCAUGGAAUUUCAGUCGCUAGAGAAUUCAGGAACCUUUGAAAAACACGAAUGCUUAAUUUUCCCCUUUAUAAGAAAAGCGAAUGAUAUGAACUCCAUGGGGUUAAAUGGAAAUAAAAACAACACGAAUGAAAAAGACUCGUACCAAAUUGUCCGAAUAAAGGUAAGAAGCUUAAGGGAUAAAGGAUACAUGAGAUUAUACCCCAAGAAUGUGAAAGACGAAAUGAAAUUAUUCUUUUUUGGAGACCAUUUGGUUGGCAAUUCCGAAGAGAUUGUCCUAACGGAAGGGGAGAUAGAUGCCAUGACGGUAAGUCAGGAGACGAAUUAUGCCGCCAUUUCUCUGCCUAAUGGUUCGAAGUCCCUUCCCAUAUAUUUGUUGCCAUAUUUGGAAAGGUUCAAAAAAAUACACCUGUGGCUCGAUUUUGACAAGGCCGGGAAAUCCAGCGUCUUUAAUUUUGUCAAUAAAAUUGGGCUAGGGAGGACGAACGUAAUAACCGAUGCGAAUGUGCACUAUCUGGAUGAACAGCUCUUCGAGAGAAAGAGGAAAAAUUUGUUAACCAAAGGGGGUCUUCUCUUACCCCUAACAGUUGCUGAUAACCCUAUCGGCGUAGCGGAGCAGAAAAAGGGUGAUAUUAAAGAAGAUACGCCAAGUGACGAAAAAAAUGGGCACACAGAGGGCACGGAGGAUGGAAAGGGCCCGAACACAUCUGUAGAUCCCAUGUCAGGUACAAACAAGUCAGAUUUGAAAAUAGCCGAAAAGACGAAAAAUGAAGGUGAUAGCAGGAAGAAUCCCAUUUAUGGUGACACGGGAAAUACCCAAGAGGAGGCGCAAAAAAGAGCAAGAGAAGAAGGUAAAGUACGAACAUUCCACUUUGUACAGAACAAUAUCAUGUAUAUACCAAACAAUAUCGUUGUGAAGGAUGCCAAUGACUGUCUAAAGCACAACAUAGACGUACGAUUUUUUAUAGAAAAUAGCGAAAAGGUGAAACAUAGCCAAAUAUUAAACUUCAAUGAUUUGAGACAAAACAUUUUGGAAGAAUUAAAAUAUCCGGAUCGAAUAAAUGGAAUUAAGAGUAAAACUAUUCCAUCGUUGAAUAAAUUUCUAUAUGGCUUACGCAUGGGAGAAUUAUCCAUAUGGACAGGUCCAACAGGGGUAGGAAAAACUACCCUUUUGUCCCAACUUUCGCUAGAUUAUUGCAUCCAGGGGGUGUCUACCCUAUGGGGGUCGUUCGAAAUUAAUAACAUAAAAUUAGGAAAAGUAAUGUUAAAUCAGUUUUGUGGAAAAAACUUAGAAAAAAAUAUUGACCUAUUUGACCUAUAUGCAGAUAAGUUUGAAUUAUUGCCACUAAAAUUUCUAAAGUUUCAUGGAAGCACAAAUAUCGACCAAGUUUUGGAUGCCAUGGAUUAUGCAGUCUAUGCCUACGAUGUGAAGCAUAUCAUUAUUGACAACUUACAGUUCAUGUUAAAUAUAAAUAAAUUUUCUGACAUAUAUGAACUACAAAAUAUUGCUAUUGAUAAGUUUAGAUCGUUUAGCACAAAUAAAAAUGUGCACAUCACUUUGGUUGUUCACCCAAGGAAGGAGGACAACAACCUUCUCUCCAUUGCUUCCGUCUUUGGUAGCGUCAAAUCUACACAAGAAGCCGAUAACGUGUUUAUCAUUCAGAGACAUGUGUCUAAAACGAAUGAAACUGUUUUUUUUAUAGACAUUAAAAAGAACCGAUUCAAGGGCAGCUUGGGGAGAAUCCCCUACCUCUACAAUAAAGAAAAUAUGACCAUCAAGGAGAUGUCCAUUGGCUACUUAAAUGAUGCCAUUUCGGGUAGCGCCUACCGAUCCACUGGUGCCACCCCUUCUGCUAACACUUUUGUGCCGAGCGUUGGGCCACUUCCCGAUGGUCCCCCAAGCGAUGGCCUAGACUUCACGCUUUGUGAUGAGUACGACUAUAUGAAGCAGUUAGCCGACGAAUACGAGUCGAAGCACGCAGUACGCAGGUAUCGCCUUGGCGCUGAUGGAAGGGUUAGCAGUGUGGGGAGUGGAAGUACGAACAGGCCUGACGCUUCAUCAUCGAACGAUGCCCCAAACCAAAGUAGGGACAGUAGCGGGUCGGUGGACUCCUCGCGCAAUAAUCAAAAUAAAGAUAACAAGUCAGUCAACCAAGUAGGCGGCGCAGAGAAUGACCCUACGAGAAAUAACUGCUUAGUUAGUCCAAGCAGCAAGAGCGAAAAAGGAAGCAUAAAAAACCUAUUGAAGGGAGUCGACCAAGGAAGCACAACAAUUUCUGUAGGAAGAACUCCAAAAAGUGAAAAACUAAGUGGUGAUAGCAUUCAUGUGGCCAACCCUGCUGACCCGAACGGGGAGAAGCAAGAAGCACCCUCAGAUGUGUCCAAGAAAAAUGUAUCAUCCUACCGAUUGAGCACUGAAGGGAUAAUAAAACUAUGCGAAGAAAUAAAAGACAACACAAAUGAAAAACUAAAAGAUAGAGUGAUAACCAUAUCCAUGAGGAACUGUGUUAUAAAUAAAGAUUCAAUGAUAAAGGACAUUCGAAACUUUAUAAAGACAAACAAGUUAAACAUAAAAACGGCUGGGAAGAACCUAAAAAAGGUAGAUGUUUUUAUUGCCAUUCUGCAGAGUAUUCCGAAGGAGUACAUAACGAUUACAUAUGGAGGAGGGGACGUAGAGAAAGAGGAUCCGGACAACAACAGUGUCAGCAACACGUGUGGUGAAAAUGUAGAACGAGGCAGACUGAAUAGCACCCUCGCAGGAAAUAAUAACAAUGUGAACAUUGGGGGAAGCCGUUCCAGCGCAUUACCAAUUAGGGGGGCCACCAGGAAUAAUUUCAACAUUGUUCCGACUGUGCAGGAAUUCUGUGCGAACAGCCAUAACAUUGCCCAUAGUUCAAGUGGUUAUCCGAUUGACCCUCAAAAAGGGGAGGCCAAAUCGGGACAGCAAUACAGUGAAGAUGAUAUAAAAUCGGUAUACGGGGAGGAAGUUACAAAAAGGUACAUCCAGGACAAUAUAAUCAACGUAGAUGACAACAUUGUUAAGCGGAAUGGCACAUUCAAAUUGGAAGGAGACAACAAAAUGGUUAGUAGCGAAAAAUUGGAGUACUACGAACCGGUGAAAAAAUUCGACGACGAUAUUGAGUCGAGAUUUUUUCUCAUAAAUGACAAUAAUUAUAACGAAAAGGUUAAUCUUAUCUACAAGAACGUAACGCACUGCGGAUUAGACAUUGAGACAACCGGGCUGGAGGUGUUUGACGAGAAAAUCCGCCUCAUCCAGAUCGCCGUGGAGGAUUACCCAGUAAUCAUUUACGAUAUGUUUAACAUCACGAAGGAGAAGAUCUUGACUGGCCUACGAGAAAUCCUAAGAAAUGGACAAGUGGUAAAAAUUAUACAAAACGGAAAAUUUGACGCGAAAUUCUUAAUGCACAACAAUUUUGAAGUGGAAAACAUAUUCGACACGUACAUAGCUAGCAAGCUUUUAGACAAAAAUAAAAAUAUGUACGGAUUUAAGCUGAAUAAUAUUGUAGAGAAAUAUUUAAAUGUAACCCUAGACAAGCAACAGCAAAAUAGUGUAUGGAAUAAUUCGCUGCUGAACAAUAAUCAACUGUUUUACGCAGCAAGAGACUCCAGUUGUUUACUCAAGUUGUACAAAAAACUGAAGUCCGAAAUUUGUAGGGAAAAUAUGAGAACUGUGAACGAUAUUGAAAAUAAGUGCAUUUUGCCCAUUUGUGAUAUGGAGCUUAAUGGCAUCAAGGUGGACCUGGAGAGCUUAAGCAAAAGCACGAAUGAAAUUUUAAGAGAAUUAAAUGGAGAGACGAGCAAAUUGAAAGCAGAGCUGAAGGAUGAAGAAAUUAACGUAAACUCGCAGCAACAGGUGCUAAAAGCAUUACAAAAUAAUAACGUGAGGGAUGUUUCGAAUAAGCUUAUCGAAAAUACAUCGGACUCAAAUUUGAAGAACUUCCUCAACCAUAGGGAAGUAGUCCUAUUAAGAAAUUACAGAAGAUUGUAUAAGCUGUACUCCGCCUUUUACUUAAAGUUACCACAACACAUAAACAAAAAAACGAACAAAAUACACACGACGUUUAAUCAGUUAAAAACUUUCUCCGGCAGAUUUAGCAGUGAGAAACCCAACUUACAGCAAAUCCCAAGGCAGAAAAAUAUAAGGGAAAUUUUCAUCCCCCAAGAAAACAACAUAUUUAUAAUCGCCGACUUUAAGCAAAUUGAGCUAAAGAUAGCUGCCGAAAUCACCAAUGACGAUAUUAUGCUGAAAGCGUACAAUAACAACAUCGACCUGCACACACUCACAGCUAGCAUUAUCACGAAGAAGGCCAUACCUGAUAUAAAUAAGGAAGACAGACACAUUGCCAAGGCCAUAAACUUUGGCUUAAUCUACGGAAUGAAUUACGUCAAUCUGAAAAAUUAUGCAAACACAUAUUACAACCUAAAUAUGAACCUUGAUCAAUGCCUUUAUUUUUACAACUCCUUUUUUGAGCACUAUAAGGGGAUAUACAGAUGGCAUAAUCAAGUAAAACAGAUGAGGGCCUUAGAGUACUCUACUCUUUCCAACAGGAAAGUUAUAUUCCCCUACUUUUCCUUCACCAAGGCGUUGAAUUACCCAGUGCAGGGCACCUGUGCUGACAUUUUGAAACUGUCCUUAGUUGAGCUGUAUAAAAAUCUGAGACCCAUCAAUGGGAAAAUCAUCCUCUGUGUCCACGAUGAAAUUAUAAUCGAGGUUGACAAAAAAUAUCAGGAGGAUGCCUUAAAAAUCCUCGUGGAAUCGAUGGAAAAUUCCGCUUCGUUCUUUUUGAAGAAAGUCAAGUGCGAAGUUUCCGUGAAGAUUGCGCAAAACUGGGGCUCCAAGGAGUAG